GACGGCGGUGGAUUUGAAGUCAUGAAUGAUCGUGGGGACGGAGACCAUGCUCCGGGGGAGUGAGUCGUCUUGGAAGUUGGAAACACGGUGUGUGGAGAAACUGCUUCAUCGGUUGAAGGACGAGAAGAACCUCAUCAUCGCAGAGGUUGUGCAUGAUGAUUGUGGAGCGGUUGACGUCAUAUUGCGGCGAAUGAACAUUGACUCGCAAAAGUGUGUGUGGCAUAAGGCGAAGACUUUGGUCAAACGCUUGCGAAAGGCUGUGUGCGGCACGAAGACUGUCAAACCAGCUGUGGUCGGGGCUUGCGAGCAUGUGCGCGAGGUGAAGUGUUUCACAAAGAGGGAGCUCGAACUUUGGCUCGAAACGAAAGGUGUACGUGUGGUCAGGGUGUCCACGAAAAAAAAGGAUGAACUCGUUGAGAUUGUUUGGGGUGUGCUCUUCCCCGACGAAGCAGGGAAGGUGUUGCCAGAUGAUGUCGUCGAGAUCGACGCGUUGCAAACACUACAUUGCAAUGCGGCGGAGGAGGCGAAGGAGUGGUUGUACGGCGCUUGCAGGUUGUGCGAGCACGCAAGGGAUGACGAUGGCGAUGUGUUGGCCACUCAUGUGCUACACCUCGCCAAUCACUGGGCCGGGGAUCAUUCCCGUUGCGAUAAUGAGUUGUCCAACCUGUGCAAAGCGGUCGGUGGUCCGGACAGAGAGCCAUUGUACGAGGCGGGGGGACGUGUCCAUUUGGCCAUCGCGCGCCCUCGUGUUGGAGACUGGGCACGUAACAUGUUGCAGCAAUGGGACGUCGACGACCCAGUUAUUGAGCAUUAUGAUGAGGAAGCUGAUUAUGGACUCCCUGAUGCCGUUGAUAGUGCGGUGGAGGGUGUUGCGGACGAAGAUGACAAUGUUUCCGUAGAGCCGGGAAGCGAAACUGCUUCAGAUGACGAAAAGUCGUCUUCCAACUCCGACAACGAUGGUGCCGCUCACCGCCUCGACUUUGACGGCGCCGUGCUUUCGCAGGAGGUGUCCGUUGCGCAGGAGUGAUAUUGUCACGUACCACAUGGAUGUCAUUGUCCAUC